UAUAGAAAUAAGGAUAGUGCUUAGAUAUUCUGUUGUGGCGACCGUAACCCAGGUUUAAGGUGCCAUUUGGCAAUUAGUUUACAUAUCUGCGUUUCUAACUCUGCUUUUGGGUAACAGCAAAAGGGAAUAUGUGACAAUAAAACCACAGUUAAAGGUGGUUUGUACUUGCAUGGUGUCAGCAGCUGUUAGUAGGCUUAUUGGAAUUCAGUGGCUUGGUUUAAAAAUGUGUUGGCCUUCCUCUGAAAAACAUAGAUUUUAAAAUCUGCACAGAGAGAGUCUUGAGAUGGUGAUGCUCAUUUGUACAUGCAUGGUAUUUUCUGCUUUGAUCUCUUUCAAAGAGCUCAGGAUAGCUUGUACUGUCCCCUCAUUUGGAGGGGGAUGGUUAUCCAAAGAGCUUUGAGGCUGAGCAAGAAUUUUAAGCAAGGCCUCCACUAUCUAUGUCUGACAGACAUGCUGGUAAGUUAUGGAUGUAAGAGAGAGCAAUGUUUAACUGGACUCAAAAGUAAAUCUUUGCAAGCUUAAGUCCUGGCAAUAACUGAAUUAGAGCAUAUACAGAAUUCCUAUUCAUCCAUCAUUAAAUGGAAGCAUGAGAGUUGUAGAUAGACAUACAACUUUUGUGAAAUCUCCUGAGGUGUCACAUUCGUGAAAAUGUCAGUGGAAUUGCUUGGAAUCUCAGCAAUUGGGCAUUUUAUUUUAAACAAAAAUACUACUAUUCUGAUGCAGAACUAAGGGUGGGAAGUUCCAUACUGAUAAUUCCACAAUAAGUGCUGUGGCCAUAGGGCUUUUUGUGUGUGUCUGUGAUACCUCCUGAAAUUUGUAGUAACCCCACAAUGAUUGUAUUGGGUGGACAUAGGAGUUGCCCGGCUCUUUUGGCUUCCAGGACUAUUGUAAAUCUGCAGGUGGACUGCAUUCAGUAGCACCUCUCAAUCUUGCUCAAGUGUAUAUAUCUAUUCUUGCAGUCGUGUGUGCCCAGGUUCAUCCACACGUGCUUACCUCUCUUCUUCAUGGUCAUUCUAAUUGUGAUUCCUUGCAGAGCAACUCCAAAGAGGGAGCUGCUGCUGCUGAAAAUGAAAGGAUAGUAUGGUUAAACUCAUGCUGCUUUGGUUUCUUUCUGAAAUGCCAAGCUUUUAAAAUGUUAUCACUAACAAGGAAGUUGGUUUAGAGCUAUAGGAAACGUUUUGAGUGGCAAAGAUAAUAGGAGCAUUGGAUGGGCAGGCAGAUUUCCCAGGAGAGGCCAAUAUUACCUUAUCAUAGUUAUAGAUAUCAAAGUGAAUUUUGUCACUGUCUCAAGGAAGCAAUUUUUUUACACCCAGGAUAGACUGGAGAAGUGGGUGGGUGGUUUUGAGUGCUUACUUUAAACCCUGUUGUAUGAGAACUGUAAACAGGCAGGUCUUAGCUCAGCCUUCGUCAGCCUGUUGCCUGUUAGACAUUUUGGACUACAACUUCCAUCAACUCCAGACAGCAUAGCCAUGCUGGCUGGGGAUGACAGAAGUAGCCUUUGAGCUUCUUAUAGUCGUGCUAUGCAGCCAGGUGUAUAUCAAAGAGCUAGAGGAGAGUCCUGUAGGUUCACGUUGAGAAGUAAAUGAUUUAGGAGCUAAAUUGUGAAAUAAGAAGUCUGCAACCAUGUUCAGCUGUGGUCCUGCUAGACCCCCAGACCCCAUGGCUAUCCCACCAUCCUACUGUGACCUGGGGAAAUCUGCCAGGGAUGUAUUCAACAAAGGAUAUGGGUUUGGAAUGGUCAAGCUAGAGUUGAAGACCAAGUCUUCCAGCGGAGUGGAAUUUAUCACCACUGGUUCCUCCAACACAGACACAGGCAAAGCCUCAGGCAGCCUAGAGACCAAAUAUAAGUUCAAGGACUAUGGACUUACGUUCACUCAGAAAUGGAACACUGACAACACCUUGGGGACAGAACUGUCCAUGGAGAAUAAGCUGGCUGAGGGACUGAAGCUGACCCUUGAAACCAUGUUUGUACCAAACACAGGGAAGAAGAGUGGAAAGUUGAAGACAUCCUAUAAACGGGAGUAUCUAAACCUAGGUUGUAAUGUUGACAUUGACCUCGCUGGACCAACCAUCCAUGGCUGGGCUGUUCUGGGCUAUGAAGGUUGGCUUGCUGGGUAUCAGAUGGCUUUCGACACAGCCAAGUCCAAACUUUCACAGAAUAACUUUGCAUUGGGAUAUAAGGCAGCAGACUUCCAGCUGCACACAAAUGUGAAUGAUGGCACUGAAUUUGGUGGCUCCAUCUAUCAGAAGGUUAAUAACAACAUUGAAACAUCUGUCAGUCUUGCUUGGACCGCUGGCAGUAAUAACACUCGGUUUGGUAUUGCCACCAAGUACCAGUUGGAUGAUAAAGCUUCUGUCUCGGCCAAAGUCAAUAAUGCCAGCCUCAUUGGACUUGGCUACUCUCAGACCUUACGACCUGGUGUGAAGUUGACUCUCUCUGCUCUGAUUGAUGGCAAGAAUUUCAGUACUGGCGGCCAUAAAAUUGGGCUGGGAUUUGAGCUCGAAGCUUAAUGUAGGUUUUAAUGAAGUAUUAGAUCUUUAUUUGGAAGAUGAAGGAGAAAACCCCACAUGUUCUGGCCUUAAACUCUUCCGUGAAACUUCAAAAAGUGUGAACUUGAUAUUCUUCCAAAGAAUUGUUGUAACCCCCAACAUUUGAAGUCUGGAGAGUGCAAACCUACCAUGAAGGGCAAUACUUGAAGGCAUGCAUGGAAGUUGUAAUGGUUGUGCUACAUUUCAGUUCAGUUCCUCAGUUUCUUUAAAAUGUGUUCCUCAGAAGACAGCAUAGCAUCUGGUGAAAGGAAAUAAUCUCCCAUCCUUCUGUGUUCCUACAUCACAUCCUGCAUGUCCUGCACCUCACGACCUUUUGUAUAACUGGUCUCUGUGCUGUAGUGAAAGCUUUGGUUUUGCAUCAAAGUGGAAAUAAAUCAAAAUCACAUUUGGAAGUUA